UGAACGCAACCUCAGUGUGUAGCUCUGCUGUUGGCCAAUAGGAUCUCUGCUCUGUCCUCCAGUCCUGUGACGUAGGACGCAAACAGCGUAACGCACGUUGGUCCAGCAGCAGCGCUGGAGUCUGGAGAGCCAGCUAACUUCUAGCUAAGUCCCUUCUGGUCCCACGGACGGACCCACCAUGUACCGACCCAAACCCACUCUGAAAGACCGACAACAGCUCUACAGGCUCAUCAUCAGCCAGCUGCUCUAUGACGGUUACACCAACAUCGCCAACAGUCUCAUCACUGAGGUCAAACCUCCCAAUGUGGUGUCGCCGUCUGAGCAGCUGAUGCAGCUGGCAAAGAUAGGGAUGGAGAAUGACGACAGUGCAGUCCAGUAUGCAAUCGGGCGCUCGGACACAGUGGCUCCCGGCGUGGGUAUUGAUCUGGAGUUUGACGCCGACGUCCAGACCAUGUCUCCAGAGGCAUCAGAGUAUGAGACCUGCUAUGUAACGUCCCACAAGGGUCCAUGCCGCGUCGCUUCUUACAGUCGUGAUGGCCAGCUGAUCGCCACCGGCUCUGCUGACGCCUCCAUCAAGAUCCUGGACACUGAGCGCAUGCUGGCCAAGAGUGCUAUGCCUAUUGAGGUGAUGAUGAAUGAGACAGCGCAGCAAAACAUGGAGAAUCACCCCGUGAUUCGAACGCUGUAUGACCACGUAGACGAGGUCACCUGCCUCGCCUUCCAUCCCACUGAACAGAUUCUUGCUUCUGGCUCAAGAGAUUACACCCUGAAACUGUUUGACUACUCAAAGCCCUCUGCAAAAAGAGCAUUUAAAUACAUACAGGAAGCAGAAAUGCUGCGUUCAAUCUCCUUCCACCCUUCAGGUGACUUCCUGCUGGUGGGGACGCAGCACCCCACCCUCCGCCUCUACGACGUCAACACCUUCCAGUGCUUCGUGUCCUGCAACCCUCUGGACCAGCACACGGACACCAUCAGCGGCGUCGGCUACAACCCCAGCGCCAACAGCUACGUCAGCUGCAGCAAGGACGGCAGCAUCAAGCUGUGGGACGGCGUCUCCAACCGCUGCGUGACCACCUUCGAGAAGGCCCACGACGGAGCCGAGGUCUGCUCCGCCAUCUUCUCCAAGAACUCCAAGUACAUCCUGUCCAGCGGCAAAGACUCUGUGGUCAAACUGUGGGAGAUCUCUACGGGCCGGACGCUGGUCAAAUACACAGGUGCGGGGCUGAGCGGCCGUCAGAUGCAUCGGACGCAGGGCGUGUUCAACCACACGGAGGACUACGUGCUGCUGCCAGACGAGCGGACCAUCAGCCUCUGCUGCUGGGACUCUCGCACGGCCGAGAGGAAGAACCUGCUGUCUCUGGGACACAACAACAUCGUCCGCUGCAUCGUCCACUCGCCAACCAACCCCGGCUUCAUGACCUGCAGCGACGACUUCAGGGCCCGCUUCUGGUACCGCCGCACCACCACGGACUGAGACUCACUUCAUCUCCAACGUCUGAGAACCAAACAGGAUGCUGGACUCUCUGUGACCUCAGUGAACUCAUCACUUCCUUCUGAUCUGUGGUGUCUUUCAUUUUGAUUUCAUUUGAAACUGGACAGGACUUAAAGGGUAACUCAGGUAUUUUUCAACCUGGGCCCUAUUUUCCCAUGUUUGUGUGUCUAAUGGAGACAACACGUUGUGAAACUGGUCCAGUAUUGAGGGAGAACGCUGCAGACGGCAGCCGCUAAACGGGCUGUGAUGUAAUCCCUCGGGGCAACUCCUCAGCACAAGUUCUUGUUUUUACCGUUGACAGGCUCAGAUUGUUUUUAUACAUGUCUGACAACAUUAUGUAAAGAAUCCUACAGAGAAAUAAAACGCUUUUCUUUACGUUUCA